UUUUGCAACUCAGUGUAAAGCCUCCUGGGCUGAGGGCUGGCUGAGCAGUGCCUGCCUCUUUGGGAUGGUCCGGGUGGUAGCUGCUGACGCUGCUAGGCAUACGAGGCACCGGCCAAGGGCUGAGGAGUCUGUGCCAGAGAUGAAUCUAGCCACGCAAUGAAGCCAGGGGGAUGCUCGCAGGCCCAAGACGCUGCUCACACAUUCAGGGUGCCUCCUGCACCUCGACCUGGGCCUGAAGCCUUUUACCAGCCUUUGGCACUGCCUCCUGGAGGAGCUCAGCAGGCCCAGGCAGUGGCUGCGUGCACCACCCGUGGGUGUCCCGGCCGACGGGAGAGACGGCCCAUUUCUCAGCUCGGGGCCGGCAGGGCAGCUCGGCCUGAGCUCCAGCAGGAGAGCAGCUUCCGAGAGGCAAGCACUGGGGGGCCGAGGAGAUGGAAGAACAGGUGUUCAAGGGGGACCCAGACACUCCUCAUUCCAUCUCCUUCUCCGGCAGUGGGUUUCUCUCCUUCUACCAGGCCGGGGCCGUGGAUGCCCUUCGAGACUUGGCCCCCCGGAUGCUGGAAACCACCCAUCGCUUUGCUGGGACGUCAGCAGGUGCAGUGGUCGCGGCUCUGGUCAUCUGCGGGAUUGAAAUGGAUGAGUACCUCAGAGUCCUCAAUGUAGGUGUCUCGGAGGUGAAGAAAUCCUUCCUGGGGCCCUUGUCACCGUCCUGCAAGAUGGUGCAGAUGAUGCGGCAGUUUCUGUACAGGGUCCUGCCCGAGGACUCCUACAAGGCGGCCACAGGGAAGCUCCACGUGUCCCUCACUCGGUUCACAGAUGGAGAGAGUGUCGUGGUUUCAGAGUACACAUCCAAGGAAGAGCUCAUCGAGGCCCUCUACUGCAGCUGCUUUGUCCCCGUGUACUGUGGCCUCAUCCCCCCAACUUACCGUGGUGUGCGCUACAUCGACGGGGGCUUCACAGGCAUGCAGCCCUGCUCCUUCUGGACUGACGCCAUUACCAUCUCCACCUUCAGUGGGCAGCAGGACAUCUGCCCCCGGGACUGCCCCGCCAUCUUCCACGACUUCCGCAUGUUCAACUGCUCUUUCCAGUUCUCCCUGGAGAACAUCGCCAGGAUGACCCAUGCCCUGUUCCCGCCGGACCUGCUCAUCCUGCACAACUACUACUACCGAGGGUACGAAGAUGCCGUUUCCUACUUGAGGCGGCUGAAUGCUGCUUACCUCAAUUCUCCCUCCAAGAGAGUGAUGUUCCCCCGCGUAGAAGUGUACUGCAAUAUAGAACUUGCCCUUGGCAAUGAGCGCCCUGAACGCAGCCAAUCAAGCCUCCAAACAGAGCAGGAAGAAUCCAUACAACCUCACACACAGUGGGCUCCUGAAGGGGAAGGAAAGUGCAGCCAUGGUCCACUUGUGUCCUCACCUGUGCAGACUCCUGAAUCCACACGCGAGUGGCCUGUAGAGUCACCUGUUUCACCACCUGUCUCUUCAUUUGAGCAGUCACCUGCAUCUCCACUGGCCUCAUUACCAUCACAUUCUCCAGUUGACUUGCCCCCUCUAUCACUCCCAGCUGUGCCCUUACCACUUAGCUCCACACCUGUGCUGUCACGUGUAUCACCAGAGCAGCAGGUACAAAUGACUGGAUCACCACCAAGAUCCCCACCUUCCCAGUCAUCUCUGUCACCCAGGCCAUCCCUGGGGCCUUCAUCUGUAGGGGCAUCUCAAACACUGCCCCAGUGUUCUCCUUCAGCGUCAUCUGCACAGUCACCUGUGGAGGAAUUGGGCCCAGAACAGCCCCAAGCUCCCCUUGUCUCUUCAAAUCUGAAAGGCACUAUGCCCUUGGUUAAUGUGAAGGAAACCACCAGCAAGCCUCAAGCAAUGGGGAACCCUGCUGAAGACUCCAAUUGGAUGAGCAAGAUGUUCAAGAAGAACAAACAAAAGACAAGUAGCACCAGAAAAGGCUUCCCAAGACAUCCACGAUCCAAAAAAACAAGCGGCAAAGUGCAGUCUGCUCCCUGCCCACUCGACUUCUCUCUGCUCUCCACUUCCAAGACAGUUUGGGUCACCUACAGGCUUCACCCCAGCCGGAUCCAGGAAUACAGCGGCCCUGAGGAAGCUGUGAACCAAGAGAGAACUUGAGCUGGAAUGGGAGAGAACAUGAUGACCUCAAAGUAGAGCCUUCUCCCCAAGGCUCUCAGACACAUCCCCCUCACCCUAGGCCUUUUGGGGACCAGGUGUCGCCCACUACCAAGCCUGUUGGUGUGGAGGGUCCUGCUUCUCCUGGGCAAGCACCUCCUUGUCUGAACAUCCUCUCAGCGUCUCUGCGCUCCUCCAGCCCUUCCCCUACUCUGCUCUGGACAAACAGAUGGACACCAACACAGAUGGGCUCUGAAAAGCCCACAGCACAUCCUGCUCCCGGCUGGCUGGGCUCUGGGCCUUCCUCCCAGCCCCAGCCUGAGUUUGCUUCUUCGAGAUAGACUGCAUCCGUCCUUGGCCCCCCAGGAUCUAGUCUUCAGGCCAAACUCUUGGGGGUUGAUGCCCUUUCCUCUCUGGUGUGGUAUCAAGAGAACAAGUUCUUUUGUUUUGUUUUGUUUUUAAUUCUCACAGUGGACCAAAGGCUUGAUUUGCAACCACUGGAGUCCGUCAUAGCCGCUCACCAGAAUCACCUGUGGAGCUGAUCAGGCAUGAGCUCUCUGAAAGCUCCCCAGGGCUUGUGCGGUGCGGCCAUGUUGAGCAGGCCACCCUGGACUCCCCUGAGUCCUGGUGUGGUUGUAGAGGGAGGCCAAAUGUCCCUUCCCUCCCCAUCCCCCAAGCAGGAGGGCAGCAUGAGGGCAGACUCCAUCUGCUGUUCACACCUUGGUGAAAAUGUUCUGUGAGAAAGACACUUUCAGCCUCCAUUUUUCCAGGCCAUCCAGAAAAAAAAUGAGCCCCACUGCUUGCUGGAGUACGGAUAACUUUCAGCCCCGUCCAGGCCCAGUAAGGAACCCCGGGCUGCCCACAGGCUUCAGAUGUAUUUGCUUAGCAAAUCCUGGAGUGCAAAACCCAGAGGACUGGGUGGAAGACGCCCUGAGCUUGGUUGGGGCCUCUGGGGGAUGAAUGCAAAUGUUAGCCACGGAGGGUGGGAGACUGUGGCAAGGGGGCCUGCUGGAGCCUACAUUUAAGGGGACCAUGUCACGGAGCAGGAGUCCACACAGGCACCCUUAAAAAGGUUCUGCCAGGAAGAACCUAACUGAUAUGGAAAACAAAGACAAAAGAAAAAAGUAAAUUUCCUUACUGCUCACAGCCCAUUGACAAGUCCUUGAAACAGGCAGAGUGACCUUCCUCUGGGAGCUCAGCUGCCUCAACGUUGACACUCUGCUAAGGGCAAAAGGCAAUCUUCUUACCCCAACCCCCCAGGGUCCUGUGAGUCUAACUUUAAAUUCCUAUGGAAACUUCCUUUACCUCUACCCCCCAAGAUACAUGUUGGCAAUCAUCCGCCAAGCAUAUGGCCCACUGAUCUACAUCUGAAGGGGCUCAUGACCGAGUUUUUACUAAACAGUAAUAAAUGACCUUUUCCUAACAAUA